UUGUCACACCAGAAUACGCUAAUCCCUUAAUUCGAAACUUCAGAAAGCCCAAAAUUCUUUGUUCUUUGCGUCUUUUCCCGGAGAAGUAGCGGAGGGUGAAGCUUCAUUCUUCUCAAAAUCUCCUGCCUAUUUCAUAUUGCGGUGAAAGCAUAGAUUCUUUAACAGAAGAGGCAAAUAAGCAGACGUAUAGAUAGUAAAGCUCAAGUUUUGAAGUCGCAUUUUCCAGAUAUCGUUUCAAAUUUCUUUCAACCCAUUUGGCAAAUUGCGGGCUGCGGCUAUAUAUAGUUAGUGUGGUUCUGCCUUGGGAUUCUGUCAACUACGCUGAGACUUUACAUGAUGAGUGGCUCUUUUAUUCGAGUGAAAUCUUCUUUUCCGUUCUGGUUGGUCGGUACGGUUGCUAAGGAAUAUGGCUGAACUUCUCUCCAUGGCCAUGGCUGAUGAUGAUGACAUGAAAGAUGUCAGUGUUUCUCCACUUGAUCUAAAUUCCAUAGGUGGCAACGAGAGUGAAGAUGUGCUUUCACCUGAGGAUGUAGCAUGGGCUGACUCAUGCCUCAUUAAAGAUCUUGCUAUAUCGGACCAUGACAUGGAUUCUUCGAAACAUGCGUCACCGGACGCUUUUCCUUCCCAAAAAAUCUUUUCUGCAGUCUCGAGGGAUGACUCUCCUCAAGAAUCUUGUAUUUUCCCCACCGUCGAAGAGACAGGAAUUUCAGGGAUGGUAGAUGACACCAUUGAUGAGGUUUCUCCAACCAAUGAACAAGAAGGGAACACAACUCGUCAUCGGAUUAACAACAAAGAUACAGAUAGUUCUUGGUCCAGAAUUAACUCAGAAAAUGAAUUUCCUCCCACCUAUAACGAGGAUCUGAGAUCCGCUGAAGACUCCCAUUCUGAAGUAGAUUCAGAGUUUUCAACAUUUGUUGAGGAAAAUUUGGCUGACAUAUUCAAGGUCUGGGAACUUGACAUUCCAGAUGAGGAAGAUGAACUUGUUAAACAGUUCAACAAAGCCCUCGCAGGAAGCUCCUUGGACUCCAACCCUUCAGAAGCCGAAAAUCUUGGAGUACUGCUAGACGAUAAGUUACUUGAUGAUCUCAUUUCUGGCCUUGAUGACCUGUCGUUGAGUCCAAUAAGUGACUAAGUUAUGUUGCAAAUCCAAAUUCUGGUCGAGAGCAUCCGUUUGCAGCUUACUAAUUCUGAUUUUUCCCUGUUCUGUGUUUUAGUUACUACCCUUAUUUAGCUUGAUAAUUAAGUAGCAACUAGUGUAAGAAAACAAGCUGUCUUUAAACUUUCCUUGUAUAUAGGUAUAGAUUACUUAGAUAUUGCUUUCCUUCCUUUGGACUGGAGUCUAUUAGGUGAUUCAACAGAUUGGGUUUUUGCUUUGGUGCAUGAAAUUUCAUCUGAGUUAUUCUUUCAGCCGUCUAAAAGAUGAGACAGGAACAUUUAACUGUGGGAAAUAGUUCUUAGUAGUUGCAAGUCACAGAUAUAAAUUUGCUGCGACUUGCUGAGAUGUAAUGAUCCAGUCUCUUUAGCUUCACAUAACUAAACAUGAGUAGUUGGGAUUA